UCUCUGUCAGUGGGCGGGGACAGGAAAUACGGGAGGUGUGUUUUCACUGACGGGUCUGUUCAGGAAGAAGAGAGCGGAGGAUCGGUGUCUCCAGAAUCCUGCUGGAUCCACCGAACCGGGGUCUCAAUCCGACGCUUAUGAACCCGGAAGUAACCGUUGAACAUCUGUUUGCGCGCAGCUGGUCGGAGCACAGACAUGAGACUGUGGUGGUCCUGAUAGAGGAGGAAUCAGCGGACCUGAGGGAGGACGGGCACCGGGAUCAGACAUGGCCCACGUCGGCAACAGAGCGAGCGCGGAGGAGGAGGACUGCUUUGAGGAUGCCUACGACAGAAUACCUGCGGCCUGUCAGAUGGAUCUGCAGACAGCCAUCCAGGAGACUCAGUGCGCUCUGAACCUGGUCCUCAACAACAAGUUCUCUGAAGCCCUGGAUCUCCUGAAACCAUGGUGGAAGGACAGCAUGUACCACGCGUUGGGUUACAGCAGCAUCCUGGUGAUGCAGGCGGCGAUGACCUUUGAACACAGAGACAUCCAGACUGCCAUGGCAACCAUCAAGGAGGCGUUAAACACCUGUCAGAGGUUCAGGAAGAAGAACUCUGUGGUCGGCUCUCUGUCCAGUCUGAUCAGCAAGCAGUCCAACCUGCAGGAAGUGGAGAUGCACGCAGAGAUCUGCUACGCUGAGUGUCUGCUGCAGAAAGCCACGCUGACGUUCGUUCAGGAUGAGAACAUGAUCAGCUUCAUCAAAGGGGGCAUCAAGAUCCGAACAAGCUACCAAAUCUACAAGGAAUGUCAGAAUGUGCUGAAUGCAUCUCAGGACCUGGCGGGCCAGUCUGAUGCGUUCAGACAGUUUGAGGGCGGAGUCAAGCUGGGCAUCGGCUCCUUUAACCUGAUGUUGUCGCUCCUCCCUCAGAGGAUUCUCAGGUUGUUGGAGUUCAUCGGAUUCUCAGGGAACAGGGGCUUCGGUUUGUCUCAGCUGAGGGAGGGAGCGUCCAGUCACAGCCUGAGGGCGAUCCUCAGCGCUCUGACGCUGCUCUUCUACCACACAUACGUGUCGCUCAUACUUGGGACUGGAGAGGGGAACCUGGUGGAGGCUGAAGCUCUGCUGGAGCCCUACAGACACAAAUACCCCAAAGGCUCUAUCAUUCUCUUCUACUCUGCUCGUAUCGCCACGCUGCGAGGGAACUUCGAGAAGGCCCGGGCAAUGUACGAGGAGUGUAUCAGCAGCCAGGAGGAGUGGAAGCAGAUCCACCACCUGUGUUACUGGGAGCUGAUGUGGACUCACUCUUACCAGCAGGAGUGGCAGCAGGCGUACCACUACGCUGACCUACUGUGCAAAGAGAGCCGCUGGUCCAAAGCUAUUUAUGUGUACCAGAAAGCAGCCAUCCUCAGCAUGAUGUCCGAGGAGGAGGUGAAGCAGACUGGGGAGGACAUCAUGGAGCUCUUUAGGCAGGUGGAGGGGCUGAAACAACGGCUUGCGGGGAAGUCGAUCCCGACGGAGAAAUUUGCAGUGAGGAAGUCCAGACGCUACAAAGCUGCUAAGCCCAUCCCCCUGGUCAUCCCUGCACUGGAGAUGAUGUACGUCUGGAACGGUUUCACCAUCGUCGGGAAGAGAGCCGACUCUACCGAGGCCCUUUUGGUGACCAUAGAGGCUGCUGAGGAGCAGCUUCGCAUCGACUCCAACCCGACUGAGUUUCAUCCAGAUGACAGCUGCCUGGUCCAGAUGUUGAAGGGCCUCUGUCUGAAACACCUGGGCAGGUUGUUGCAGGCGGAGCUCUGCUUCACGCAGGUUCUCUCCAGUGAGGGUCGUAUCAGAUACGAUCACUACUUGAUUCCCUUCACUCUGUAUGAGCUGGGCCUGCUCUACAAACAGCAGGGAGACUUCACCAAGGCCGCCACGUACAUCGAGAACGCCAAGACUAACUACAAGGACUACUCCAUGGAGUCCAGACUGCACUUCAGGAUCCACGCGGCCCUCAGCAGCCUCAAAGGAUCCCCUGUUGGGACCCCGUAAUCCUCCCCAACACGCCACAGUGCAGCUGGACUCGAGGAGGGUCCAGGUGUUUCUCACUCAGUGAAGACCAGUAUCAGGGUGUGAGAUCAGGAGUACGGCAGGGCUCUCUCUAUAUAUUUGUAAUCAUUAUAUGUAUAACGUGCUUAUUUAUUCCUUCGACUCUGAGGACAGAUGAGAUUAUUUCAAGUUACACCGACCCCCCCCAACGGGCUUCCUCUCAGCGCCUGUCAGAUAUAACGUGUUAUCAGUCGAGCGUCUAUUUAAUCCCAUUUUAAUGUCAGGAAGGAGGGGGGGGGGGUUCAUAUAAAAGCACAAGGUAGAAAAAAGUGUUUGCAGCAGAGAUCAGCUGUCGAAGGCGACGAGGAGGAACCAAUAAGAGACAAGAGAUUCUCUUCUCACCGUCUGAACACAUUAUUUAUAAUCUUUAUAGUUUGCCUUUAUGAUUUCCUUAUGUCACGCCGCAUGUGCACGGAGCACGCCAUCGUGUCUGUGCACAUGUAACGCAGCCUUCUCACCAACCGUGGCUUUUAAUAACACACACACACACACACACACACACACACACACACACACACACACACACACACACACACACAGCCUAAAGCUUCAUACUCCAAGCUUGACCGUGCCGGGCAAUAGAAAAGAAAGCAGAGUAACACAGCCGGCGGUACACGCUCACAUUUAGCAGCAAUAUAAACAAGCUUAGCUAACACUCGAUUAACCUCUCCGUCGUUCUCUCCGUCCACGUUUCAUGAAGUUCAGUUUUUGUAGUUUGACUUUAAUUUCUCAGACACCUAUAAUCUCUGCCAUGGAUGGUUUGAAGGUUCAGUCAACUUAACGACAGGCUGGAGCUGAUUCGGGUUUUAAGCUAAUGGGGACUGACUCACUUUGCAGCCAGCCUCUAGUGGACACUUGAGGAACUGCAGUUUUUAUUUACACUUCGGCAUCAUUUUUAAACUCGUUAUGUUGCAGCUUGGUCACUCCACGCCGAGCGGCCCCGCCUCUGAGGAAUCUUUGCACAACUAAAACGUCCCUUUCUCCACGUCUGCUUCACUUCCUGUUGACAGAAAACUAAAAAUCCUGAAGGAUUAAUUUAUUACGAGUCGUCGUUUGGUGUUGAGCUGCUCACGUGAUGGAGGUUUUGGCUCAAGACAGAGAAGAUGGAAUAUUUACUAUGUGUGUGUUAUGAGAGAUUUUAUUAUAAACACUAAACAUGAAGAAAUGAACGCUAGCUUUCUAUUUAUGGACUGACAAAGCACAAUCUAAUAUAAAUAUUCACCACCAGAAAUACAAACAAUAGUGAGAAAUAUUUCCUGACUUUAUUCUUAUUUUGCGUCAAAUUGUUCAAAACUUUCCAACUCCAAUAAAGGAGACAGCAGGGAACAGUUCGCCUUCUCCCCGUGACGAAUGUAUUGACCUCAAAGACCAAAUCAUACGUGUCUCUUGCUCUGUGUGUCUUUUUUUUUCUGUGUGUUUUUGGUGCUUAUUAAUGAUUAUGUCCUAUAUUUAUAUUUAAGGGUGUAGUUUUUGAGUGUUUGAUAUCAAAUGUAACGUAACAAGUUAAUACGCCAAGUGCAGAAAAAUAUUCAGAAGUUUGUUGUUAGUCUUAGAAUAAAAAGACCAGAGUCCUUUAUAGAGAAAGUUGUGACAAAACAAAAUAACGCUCCAGUGGAUUUUAAUUUAACCGCUAAUGCUCGGAAACUGCCUAAAGAGUUUUAAGCUAACAUGCUAAUAUAGCCUAAUGCUAACGCUUCCUCCAGAAAAUAAUAAGCUCAGUCAUAAAGUUAAAGGUAUUGUACUAAUCAAUAAUAUUUCCAGUUCGCUGCAGUGAUUGAUUUAACAAGAUGUGUUGUAUUAGCAUCGCACUCCUAGCUUAUGCUACAACGUUAGAAUGCUUUCUGUUCUGUCACAGAAUGAACAAAAACAUUCACAUCAGUGUUCGUUAACACCGGACUUCAUCUCCACCUUACAGAUCUAAUUACUGACAAACCGCUCUGCUCCUUUGAGAUGAUAUCUGUAUCUAUACUUUGUUUACAUCUGGGUUGUAGAGCACAGAGAGCAGGCCUGUUAACAGGAGCUACAGCCCCAUCUAGUGGGGGACGGCUGCGUUGCAGUCUGAGCACAACAUUAGUCCGACAUCGAGUUAAAGCAUUAAUAAUUAGUUUCACCAACUUGUAAUUCUGGUGCUGACUAGCAAUGGCGUUUAACGGUUAAGUCGAGUAAACACGUGCAUCCCUAAUGUGAUUACUGACACCUCAUUGUGUAUCAAAAUAUAGAAUAAAUAUGAGAAGACACAAAAUAACCAACAAUGUUGUUAUUCUUGAGAGUCGAGGUAGAAUAAAACCACAACAUUUUAUUCAAAAUCAAGUUUUCAAACAGUCGACGUUUAGACGUUUUUGGGGUUAAAAAUGGUGAAAAACUUGAAACUUUGACUUAAAGUAGUGCUCAAAGAAAAACGAGUUGUCACAGACUUUCUUUAAUGAAGGGUUUUUGUCGUCCUGUUUCAUUCAGUUGUUCAUGUCAGUGCCUCUGUGUGUCUGUGUUCCACUGUAUCUCUGAAGCGUUUCUCUUUUUGCAUUGCAUGUUAUUCUUUAUUGUGAGACGUAACUAUGUAAAAUGUGCUUCACGGCAGGAAGUGAUAUGACCAUAUAUGGCCAGGCUUUACCAUAAUAGACAGUGAUUAAUGUGGUGCAAUACAAUGAAAACAUGAGAAUGAUUCUUCAUUUUCAGUCAUUAUGUGUUUUUCUUUUAUGUUUAUGUGCCUCUUUGUGUGUGUCAGUAUUUUGCCUUUUUUCUUGAUUAUUUCGCCUUGUGUUUAUAUUAAACAUUUUUAAAUUCAAAGAGUGCAUCAGAAUAAUUUGUGUUUGUUUGUCUUGUCGUUCACAUUAGUGCAGAAUGUUUUUUUAGAGGAGCAGUAUGUAACUCUGCCCCCUAGUGUUUAAAAUGGGUACUGCAGUCUAAAUUCUAAACAUCAUAGAGAGCUGUCUCCCCCCCCUCUCUAGAGUCCAUGCUCACACAGGUCACCAUGUGGUGGACUCUGAAGCUUCAGUGUUUAUCCAGCUCUGCAUGGGUCUGUAAACCUUUCUGUGUUCUAACCUCUCUCCAUUUUUCAAAAGCAUCUCCAAUAUUGAUCCUAGUUUGAGCACGUUUCUGCUCGUGGAGCUUAUUAGAAACAUGCAGAGGCUUUUUAGGUCGGGUACAAUCACUUCUAUCUGAACCACUUCUCUUGCCCGCUUCCAUCACUGUAAUACCUGUUGACCUGAUAACUGCUCUCAUAUCUGACAAACCGAAGGGCGUCCAAAACGGCCGUGUGGGGGCGUGUCUUAAAAGCGCCUACCUUCUCGGUCCAAACAAAUCCAGAUCAUUCAGGAGCAGAAUCUAAAGUUAGAAGGAGGACAUACUGGCUGCUGCAUUGUUGUCAGAGAAGCCAGCACUUCAACAUGUUUCCUUAAUGAUCAGAUAGUAAGAUACCUUUAUCAUCUCACUCUCUACACAGCUCACUGAUUGAACCUUUAAGUUAGCGGAACUGUUUAACAACUUAAACCCAACUGGUGUCAAACUAUCUCUGCUAGGACUUGUCAUCCUGCCUAUUUACAAAUGUGUUUGUUUAGACUACAACUUAUAAGAUAAUAAUAAUCAGGUUUAUUGUUGUGUAUGAUGUUUUAUCGUCUAAUAUAACUUUGUGUGGAAAGAAAAUGAAAGCCAUACUCCUCUAACUGGUUGCCUUCAAGGACGUGAUUGUUCUUCUUUAAUCCUGACUGAUUUAUGUUUAACUUUAUUCUGAACACGUCUAUAAAUUUUACAAACGUUAAACUCAAUGCUUCUGA